ACUUCCUGUAAGAUGUUGUGGUCCUAAUGCUGACGAGAAACCUUUAAAUCUGGCUCAUGUUUGUGUUAAACUGCUUUAACUGAUUAUUUUAGACUUUAAUGCUUAAAAUCGACAGAAUGUCUUCGGAGGACUUUGAGAAGCUUCAUGAGAUGUACUUAAGUGUGUAUGACGAGCUGAAGCUGAGGUGUGACCGAGUCAGUCGCUCUCAGGGAGAGGAGAAGAAGAAACUGCUGCGAGGGUUUGAUGAGCGCCACGGAGAAGCACAGGAGCUGCUGCAGGAGAUGGAGCAGGAGCUUCUCAGCGCCCCGUCCACCUUCAAGAACUCCAUGUCCUCCAAAGUGCGUCUGUACCACAGAGACCUGGGGAAGCUGCAGCGCCUGGCGCACGCCUCGGACACCGGGUUCGGCUUCCCCACGCGGACGGGAGACGGCGGGUACGGCGUAUACGCCGCUCAGAACGAACACACUAGCGAGCAGCAGGCUCAGCGAACGUUACUGAUCCAGGGCUCCGAGUCUCUGAACAACGCCACACAGAGCAUCGCACGCAGCCAGCGCAUCGCCGUGGAGAGCGAACACAUCGGCACAGACAUCAUCGAGGAGCUCGGACAGCAGAGAGAGCAGCUGGACCGCACCAGAGACAGACUGGUUCACACAGGAGAGAAUCUGAGCCGCAGCAGGAAGAUCUUACGCACCAUGUCACGCAGAGUGAUGACCAACAAGCUGCUGCUGGGGAUCAUCAUCAUCAUGGAGGUGGCCAUACUGGGAGCUGUGGUCUACCUCAAGUUCUUCCGGCACUGAGACGGAGCUCUCUGAACGCUCUGUCCUUCUUUUCUCUGUCCUCUUCCUCUCUGGGAAGACGCAGUGACACAGAGGAUCUGGGCUUUUCACUCUGACGUGUUUUGCCAGAGACUCAGCGGUUUUCAGAGACUCAGAGGAACUUGCACAGCUUUUUAAGACUUUUAAGACUCUUUUUCUUCUGCAUGGGUGCAAAUCUGUGAAAAUGAGCAUCCGUGAGGAACACACAGACACCCGUUUGGGGAAGUGAUGGAUGAGAUGUGGAGUAAAUCGACUGGUUCUGAUUGGUUAACAGUGCAGUCAAAAGGACCUUCGACUGACCUGUUUAACAUGAUUUAUUUAAUACAGACACUUUGUAUUUGUCUUUCAGGGUAGCAUUGAAUUAAUUACAGUAUUAAAGUGUUCUGGGAA